UUAUUAAUUUCUAUUCUCACAUUUGUAAAUUUCCACUUGUAAUAAUUUAAUGUAACCGCAUUAUAUAUUAGUUGUUUUAAUUUUUAAGGGGUUGGUAUAUCUGCUUAGUGAGAGAAUAGAGAAUAACUUCAAGUUCAGAAAGUAAACUCAUAAACUGGUAGCCGUUGACCACGGUCGUAUAUACAGGUCCCGAAACUUCUCAGGAGCACCGUUGACAAAAGUUAAAAUUAAGCAAGCAUACAACCGAAGCUACUAGAAACAAGGAAAUUUAUAAAUAAACAAUAGUCGUUUUUUUGUUGUUGCCGAAAAAUAUAUAGUUAAAAAAAUGAUUCGAUCACUUAGUGUUGAACGAUUAAAAGAAGAAGAAACUAUCGAACUUGAUACAAGAAUGGUUCCAAAAAUUUUAGUAAAUUGUUAUAAUCGAGGUUGUGGUCAAAAGUUUGAUCCAAAUGCAAAUGAAGAAGAAUUGUGUUUUCAUCAUCCCGGUGAGCCAGUAUUUCACGAUGCUUAUAAAGGUUGGUCAUGUUGCAAUAAAAAAUGUACGGAUUUCACGGAAUUCUUGAAUAUCAAGGGAUGCACAAGAUCAUAUCAUUCGGAUGUGAAACCACCUGAACCGGAAAAGCCAAUUGUCGAUAAAUCAAAAGCCCAUGAAGUUAUUGAAGUUCGUGCUCAACCCCUUAAUAUUGGCUCAAAAUUAGAGAGGCCCAAUUUUCAAUUACCAUGUGUAUUAUUAAAACCAAUUGUAUCACCAUCACUUUUAGAACAAUUGAAAGAAUCAACAACAUCUUCACAAUCGUCACUUAAUUCAUCUGAAAUUAGUGUUGGCCAAAAUUGUAAAAAUAAAUCAUGUAAAGGAAUUUAUCAAGGACCUGAAUCCAAUAAAGAAAUUUGCCAUUAUCAUUCGGGUGAGCCAAUUUUUCACGAGGGAUUGAAAUAUUGGUCGUGUUGCCAAAAAAGAACAACGGAUUUUUCUGCAUUUUUGGAACAACCUGGUUGUGUCGAGGGAGAACAUUUAUGGAUUUCAACGGAUACUGGUAACAAAAUUAGCUGCAGAUUAGAUUGGCAUCAAACUGGAUCAUUUGUGUACAUUUCAAUUUAUGCCAAGAAAUAUAAUCCAAAUCAAUCAUCAGUAAAAUUGAAUCCAAUUCAUUUGAUCGUUGAUCUACAUUUUACAGACAAUAGUUCUGCGUACAAUCUUGACACUGAAUUAUUUGGGAUUGUAGACGUUGAAGAAAGUGUCGUAAACAUGCUUCCAUCGAAAGUCGAGAUCAAAUUGAAAAAGAAAGAACCUGGUUCUUGGACAAAAUUGGAAGUUUCUCAAAGGAAAUUAACAGAAUCUAAAGAAUGUCAAGAGAACAGUAAUACUGAAAGAGUAAAUGCCAUAGAUCUCAGUGAUCUUUAAAAAAAUUCUAUAAAUAAUUUUUUUUCACAUUUUCAUAAUUUUUACUUUAUAAAAAAAAAAAAAACAUUCGCUUGAGUUAUAUUUAAUAUUUAGUAAAUUCAAUUAUACGCACAGAGAUUAAUUACUCUGAUAAACGGACAAAAAAUAUUUUCUUACAUUGAUUAUCAAUUUCUUCCAUGAAUUAAAAAUAUCUUGAAAUUUGCUUGAUACUGGUAUUUUUUAAAUAUUCAAAUUUGACACAUAUAUAUGAUGUAUUAAAAUAAAUUUUCAUAUUUCAUUUUUAUAA